CCGCCCACUGGCCAUCUUAUGCUACUGUGUCUACUUUACAAUUCUGUGCCUUCGGGGCUUCCGUAAGGUUGCGUUGUCAACGGUAUCAAAACAAUGCUUUCUGAGUGAAACAGGAGAUUUGACAGGGUGCGGACAAGAGCUAAUCCCGAACAGCUGAAUUUCUAUAAAUAAAGUUGACAGUUAUUAUAUUUUAAAGCAAGCAAUUGGUAUUUGCAAAUAAAUACGUAUUUAAAUAAGCAAACAGCCUGAUACUAUAAUAGUGAAAAAACAGCAGCGGAGCUGUCGUAGUAGUACUACCAGUCGCAAUUGUAAAUAAGAGUUAUUUAGGUCGUGUUAUUGUUAAAUGCAAAAAAACAACGCUAUAGUAUUGAUUUGGAGCAAAAUAGCAAGUUUGUGGCUAAAAAAAUGCAUAACGUAACAAAGAAAGACAAUUACAAGUAGUUGAGUGAUGUCUAGGGACAAUUUAGUGGUGCGUGUUUAGUUUAAGAUUAUGUUUGUCCAAAAUAUUUCAAUAAGAAGAACUGUACGGUAUUUAGAGACAUCAUUUGUUUUUUUUAAGCAUGAGUGACCAUUAUGUGAAAGUCAAAGUACAGCUGGAAGAAAUACAAUUCCCCGGCGAAGAAACCGAAAAGGAUGUAGAAGUUGUGGCAGGACUGGAGUUGUCUGUGUCAUCAUCGUCAUCAUCAUCAUCAUCAUCAGCAGCAGCAACAUCUGUCGCCCAGGACGGAAAAAGCAGAGAUGAUAGCGGCAGGAAGUCUAUUAGCAAGACCAGGAGCAAAAGCAGGGGCAAACCGUUGGAUCCUGGGCGGAGAAGUAGAAGUAAAUCCGCGAAAGACGACACGCAGGGUGUAGCGUCUGUGAAUCUGCAAGAAAAGAUGGAGAACGCAGCUUGCACUGCCGAGCGGCUACAGAAUCCGAGCAGCAACGAGGCUGCGUUGGAAAUUAAAGGGAGCGGGAAGGUUUUGCAAGGGAAAGCCGAGCAAAGCAAAGGCCAACACGGGAAAGAAGAUGGGAGUAAAGUACAGAGAAAGAAGAGGUCGGUCACCGUGGACAGCUCCAAAGCGAAGACGUCGCUGGAAGCGUUAAAGACAAGCAUCAAACAGCUAAAGUGGAAAGAGUUUCCCGCGGGCCGUCGCCUGCCUUGUGACAUUUAUUGGCAUGGAGUGUCAUUUCAUGACAAUGAAAAUAUCUUCUCAGGUCAAGUCAACAAGUUCCCAGGCAUGAUGGAGAUGGUGCGUAAAAUAAAUCUGAGUCGAGCAGUGCGUACGAUGCAUGAGCUCUUUCCUGAAGAAUACAAUUUCUACCCCCGUUCCUGGAUCCUGCCAGAAGAAUUCCAGCUUUUUGCAGCUGAGGUACGCAUGGCGAAAGAGAAUGACUCCUCCUGGAAGCCUACUUUCAUUGUUAAACCUGACGGGGGAUCCCAGGGGGAUGGAAUCUACCUCAUUAAAGAUCCCAAUGAUUUCCGAAUGUUGGGAAGCGCCCACAACAAGCCUGCAGUAAUCCAGGAGUACAUCAUAAAGCCUCUGCUCAUAGACAAGCUCAAGUUUGACAUCCGACUGUACGUCUUGGUGAAGUCCCUGGAGCCUCUGGAGAUCUAUAUAGCCAAAGAGGGACUUUCUCGGUUUUGCACAGAGCACUAUCAGGAGCCUAGCCAAAAAAAUCUGCACCACGUUUUUAUGCACUUAACAAACUACUCUCUGAACGUCCAUAGCGGUAACUUCAUUCACUCUGACAGCAUGAACACAGGGAGUAAGAGAACUUUCUCCAGUAUUCUGUACAGGCUGUCUUCCAAAGGCAUUGACAUCAAGAAGGUGUGGUCAGACAUUAUUUCCCUGGUUAUCAAAACUGUUAUAGCACUGGCACCAGAGCUAAAAGUCUAUUAUCAGGCUGAUAUCCCAACUGGAAAGCCAGGACCAACAUGCUUCCAGAUAUUAGGGUUUGACAUCCUCUUAAUGAAGAACUUGAAGCCUGUAUUACUGGAAGUCAAUGCCAAUCCAAGCAUGAGAAUUGAACAUGAGCAAGAGGUUGCUCCAGGAGUGUUUGAGUAUGUCCCUAGUGCAGUUGAUGAAGAAGUGAAGGUGGGGGUCAUCAGAGACACCCUUCGACUGGUGGACCCAGCCCCAAGGAAAGCCACAAACAAUCAGUUACGUUUGGCCGGGAUUGCAUCAGAAAUGCAAGAAGACAUAUCGGAUGCUGGGUCCUCGGACAAGUCAGAGCAGGACAGUGGAGUGAAGGAGAACAAUCUGCCCUCCCUCUGUUUGAAGCAAGUGUUCCCAAAGUAUGCCAAGCAGUUCAACUACCUGCGCGUCAUUGAUCGGAUUGCAGAGCUGUUCGUGAGGUUCCUUGGAGUGAAAGGGACAAUGAGGCUUGGCCCUACUGGAUUUCGCACUUUCAUAAGGAACUGUAAGCUUUGUAACAGCAACCUGUCCAUGGCAUCUGUGGAUAUUCUGUAUAUUGACAUCACAAGGAGAUGGAACGGCAUGGGAGCAGAGCAACGGGAAUCUGGGAUGUGCUUGCAGGCCUUUGUGGAAGCCUUCUUCUACCUGGCCCAGCGGAGAUUCAAGUCCCUCCCUCUUCACGAGCAAGUGACGGCACUGGCUGAUCUGUGCGGAGCAGCAAAGCGGAGGGCAGCGUUAGCCGCCUGCCAGCCCGAAGGAAUUCAUUCAGUGCCGACUGCCCCAGCACCGCCUCAUCAUUUCAACUGCCCAGCAGCGGCCAGCAAAUCUGCAGAUUACAGGUUUCAUCGUCCCGUACUGCCCACAAUCAAAGGAAACUGCAUAGAAAACUCUGCCGUUAACUGAUCUAGGUUCAGACCUAGACGCCAGCAACAGCUGAAACAGGGUCUCCCAUUAAGGCUGCUGUUGACACUCAUGGCUGGGUUUUACAAUGAAUUCAUACUGGCAUCAGCAUUGGAUUGCGGCUAGGAUCAGCAGAAGCUGAUCAAGGAAUUGGUGGAUUUUUCUUUUUUUUUUUGUUACACACUGUUAUUUAUCUAUUGAAUUUCCAAAAUCCACACAAAAUGCAAGC